UGUGUCACAAUCUCCAUUUUUGCAGGAGCACCAAACACAGCAGAACUGAGGAUUUGCCGUGUGAACAAGAAUUUUGGUUCUGUUAAGGGAGGAGAUGAAAUUUUCCUCCUGUGUGAUAAAGUUCAGAAAGAUGAUAUUGAAGUACGUUUUUUCACAAAAGACUGGGAAGCCAAAGGAUCUUUUUCUCAAGCAGAUGUCCAUCGCCAGGUUGCAAUUGUCUUUAAAACCCCACCAUUUUACAACACAAAUAUUGCAUCGCCAGUGUCUGUUCAGAUGCAACUCCGUCGACCUUCUGACCAGGAGGUCAGUGAAGCAAUGGAGUUCAAAUAUCUGCCAGAUGAUAAAGAUCCAUAUGGAUGUAAUGAGAAGAAGAGGAGGAGAGAAACCUUUGAGAAGAUCAUCCAGAGUCUGCCAGGGAUGAACAUGGAGAGAAGUGCUGCCAUUCAACAUAGCAGUGUGCCGCCAACAAUUAAAAAAGAGCCAAUGAAUGUGUUUGCCCAAAGAUAUCCUGUGCAGCACAGCAGUAAUAACUUUAGCCAGCCUCAGCACUUCAUGUCCCACUCUUCAGAUAUGCUGUACCCUCACCAUUCUCUGCAGCCUGUGAUGAACUCGCACCCUUCCUCUUCCAUGAACAGCGGCAGCAGCUGGUCUCACGGACAACCCAGCAUCCCUUUGGAUUCUCUGCGGUUCAGUCAGCAACAACAGAGUUGUAGCGCCACUAUGCCAACUUCAAUUCCAAGCUCAAAGAUGCACAUGCCUGGUGAUAUUACACUUCCUCUCCUCACAGAAAUCGACCUGAAAUGUUUAGACACAAAUGGUUCAAAUGGCGCUUUACAAGCUGGAGUAGGCAGGAAGGAAAAUGAUGCCAACAGUAAUGGGCAUUUACCUCUGCAGUCGACAAAUGUGUACACAGCAGCAUGUGCCAACAGUCUGGAUGGAAGCUCUCUGAAUGCAGCUGUAGCAAACAACAAUAAUAAUAUGGACACUAGUGACAUUCUUCUGAGUGUGACGUCAGAGCAUAUAUACCAGUGGACAGCACCACCACCACCACCACCCCAGGGUUCGCAGGGACCCAAUGCCUCACUGGGGAUGAUUGGCUCAGACUCUCAGGUGCCUUACGAUGACGCAGUUCCUAGGCUUGUUAACAAUGGAGAUAUCUUUAAUGGGUUGAGGCAGCCCAACAAUGACAGCCAACAUGGCAAUCCCGGUGGCACACCGAGCAGCGAGCAUUACAGGGCAGAGGCUAACCCAAGCACUGGCCACUUCAAUUUAAUUUCACGAUGGGAGUACUUUCAGUCAUGAUUAAGUAACAAGCAAAUGGUAUCUGUAGGAAGGGGAUGAACUCUAGUGAUCUCGGGCAUCAAGAGGCUUAAUUUAUUUUAUUUAUGUCUGUGGCCUUGCAAGAAUUUGUGCAAAUAAUGGACCCCAUUUUAAGUAUCGAGACAAAUGAAAGUGUCAUCUGGUGAAUCGUCACACUGAGUUUAUCUGCUGAAACGUUUUGUUUCCUCCCCUUGUGCUCCCCGAGUCACGAGAGCACCAAGCAGCUUUCACCUCCUAAUAAUUCCUCCCCGGGAGCUGCAGAUUGGACGUUGUCUGUCCUGAAAAGCUCCUCGUAGCUCAGCAAUGACCAGCAUCCCAACGUGAAAAGCCGCUAUUACGGCCAGCCUUGUACCCAUUUGACAUAAAUUGUCAAAGGGUGAAUGUUUUAAACCGAUUUAGGGUAACGAGAUUAACUUUCAUAUUUAAAAUGUACACGUGGGGAAACUUUGUCCGAUGGCUCAAUUUGCUGUAUAGCGUCUUUAUAUCUAUAUCAGGUAUAUGUGGUUUAUGGGACAUUCUUAGUGAACUUUAACUAAAAUACUAAAGUGGAUGUUUUUCCACUCGGAUGAGUGCCACACAGAAACCUCCAAAAGGUCUCUUGAGAUACCGCUGUCGAUUACAUAGCAGACUCGCCACUCCAGAGUACGGCUGUGAGAUUUUUAGCCCUAACAGGGAAAUCAGGAAAGGGCACUUUCCUUUGUAAUGGCUAUGUCAUGUUAAAACAAGUUCUCAAAGUCUGACGUAUUGAAUCUAAGCGUUUAGCAAACGUGCAGUUUUAUAGACAGUGUGCUUGUGUAAUGUAUUCAAACAUUUAUCCUAAAUCAAUGCAACAACACAAUCUGAUCAACUAGUAAAAUUAUUACUAACUUUUUUGUAUUUGCCAGUACUUUUUUACAUUGAGCUUUCUGUAUAUAAGCUUUCUACUAAUGUGCUUAACCAGUCGACCUGAAUGUGUUUGACAGUACAGUUGUAAUGUGCUCGUUCGGUUUUUAAAAUGUGACGAGACUAUCGAGUGGGACUAAAGUAAAAUGUAAGGCUGGCGUACGACGUCACAAGUCCUGCACAUUAAGUUUAGCAUCCAGGCUGCUGAAUUGGAGUUUGUCGCCAGGCCUCUAACCAUCUUGUAUUCUGCAGUGCCAGUAACUUAAACACGGAUGGCAGAGUCGUGUUCAGUAUGUGGCCCUGGUGAGUAUCAUAACAAGGGUGGCAUUUAUCAGGUCAAGUGCCCAUGGGUCUCUUCACAGUCUAAAAGCACAUAUUGCCACUCUGAAAAAGAAAACUGUUUGCUUGAAAAGGUCCUUGUCCCUGUGUGGUAGUGCUUUGAGUAGUCAGAAAAGCGCUGUCUAAAUGUAAUGAAUUAUUGUUAUCAUUCUCUUUACUUUUUCAUCCAAAAUCUUGAAUAAAAGCGAACUCCAUGUACACUGACGCUGCUUAUUAAGUAAAUACUUGGUGCAUUGAAUAAAUCCAAAGAGUCCAAAUUAGGCAGUAGUUUAUUUCAGUCUUUUAAAGGCUCGUUGUACUGCAGUGGGACUAAGACAUGGCGACUCGUAUGCAUGAAGACAACAUUGGCUGGAAGGAAGUCGAUGAGCUUAAGGCUGGUGGAGUGCCAUUCGUGAAGCCAUUCUAAGAGUUUCCUAGGCCAUGGCACAUAACGAAUGUCCUUGCUGAGUACCCAACUGUUAUGAAUGGAUGCUGCUGAUCUUCAGACAUUGAUCUGCUUGUGUAAAGGGUUUUGGGGGGCUUCAAGAGCACAACAGCCACUCCUUCUGCUUGGAACCUGGAUGGGCAACCUACAGUCACAGUCAAACUCCUCCACAUGUUGCAUCCCUUAAAUCUCUCUCUCGAUGUUACACCAUUCAGACAAUUGUGAAAAAACAGCCAUUCGUAACCUAGAUUGUCCAAAGUAGUUUGUGCAAAUUUGAAGGUCCCUAAAGUCCAAGUUUCUGUGGUUCUUUGCCUGAAGAAAAACUUUUAACAUUUCUGCAAAAUCUUACCUUCAGCAGUGUGCCCAUGUUCCUGUUGAAUUUCUUUUAAAAUAGCAGCCUGGAUCAACCGUACCAAUUCCUUCAGUCAGUCAUUUUCUAACCCACUAUCUCUUUUAAAUAUCCAGUUGCUUAAACGGAAAAGGUUCAUCUUUAAUUUUACCUCUUAUUCCCAAUAAUCCAUUUAGUCCAUCUAUUCUGGACUUUCUCAAGUGCUAGAAUGUCUUUUUACCUUCCCCAAGGAUCUCAUUUAUAAAACUCUGGGGUGGAUGUAAGCAUGAAAAAUAUGAGUAUAUAAAAAAAAAAAAA